GAAAAGUACAAAUUACUAUUGAUAUUUUCUAGAAACGACUACAGAAAGAACUGUUGGCUUUGCAAAAUGAUCCACCUCCUGGAAUGACAUUAAAUGAAAAGAGCGUUCAAAAUUCAAUUACACAGUGGAUCGUAGACAUGGAAGGUGCACCAGGUACCUUAUAUGAAGGGGAAAAGUUUCAACUUCUGUUUAAGUUUAGUAGUCGAUAUCCAUUUGACUCUCCUCAGGUCAUGUUUACUGGUGAAAAUAUUCCCGUCCAUCCUCAUGUGUAUAGCAAUGGUCAUAUCUGUUUAUCCAUUCUAACAGAAGACUGGUCCCCAGCGCUCUCAGUCCAGUCAGUCUGUCUUAGCAUUAUUAGCAUGCUUUCCAGCUGCAAAGAAAAGAGACGACCGCCAGACAAUUCCUUUUAUGUGAGAACAUGUAACAAGAAUCCAAAGAAAACAAAAUGGUGGUAUCAUGCCAGCGGAGAAAUCAAGAAAGGAAUGACAGCUUAUAUGGAGUCAACAGUUCAACUGGAGAAGGAUGGUAAUCCUUGUUUCUUUGAGUUGGAAUACAGAUAAUCUGUUAUGAAGUAUGAAGUAACUAGAGUGAUUUACUGUUUUCUCCUUCUGAUCUUGAAUAUAUGCAAAUACACACAUCAUUACCUACUAUGGCUAGUAACUUCUUGAGAUUCUAAAACCGAUAUCUAGUGACUGGUUUGUUCCAUCAAAGAUAAAUUGACAGAUAUGGAAAUGAUUAGUGACAAGAAAAUGGUGUGUAAAUAUGCUAUUUCUGGUAAUGAAGUCUUCUUUUAAAAGCCUAUGUUUUUGAGAAUUUCGAUAUUUAAAACUUGUUAAAACUUCCUAGAAGUAGAGUAGAAAAGGAGGUACUGUGUAUUCAAAGGUUUUAUUUUUUUGUUUUUGUUUUUUAAUAAAAAAUUCAGUGUCACUAGGUCUCAGCUUUCAUGGUUACUGCUGCUUAUAUUUUCCAUUUUUAUUAGUUCUUUUUGUAUGUCUUAGUUGAAAGGUUAAAAUUUGUAAUUAUGUUUAAUUGUAUAUGCAUGUAAAUAGGUUUUCAAAAAGUACCUUCCUGAAGAUUCAUUACAGUCUGCCGGGUUGAGGUGUCACUCAGUGGCAGCUGCCCUGGAGAAGCCCCCAGAGCCAUUUCAUUUACACCAGCCACAGAGCCCAGCAGACAGCCAUCUUCCAGUUGUUUGUUGCGCCAGGAGCUCUUAUGCCUUGGCGCAUGGUUGUGGUCUUCGAAGCUGCUCCCACCCUUGUUGUUAUCCUCCUUAGGUCUUAGCCUCCCUUUGUCACCUCCCCACCCUCUCUUCUCACAGAUGCUCCAUGUCUUCCACAGUUUCCUUUUCUGACUUAGAAGUUAGGUUUUUGUUUUUGUUUAAAGUUAGGGAAUCUAGAGGAGGAAGAUUGUUAAAAUUACAUCUGAAACUUUUUAAGAAAUUAAAAAAUACUUUCUAUAAAAUAGAUGGGGUUUUUUUAUACCUAACUUCAUCUUAUCAGUAGGUUGCUAAAUGUAUUGAGUAUUGAGUAAUUAACAGAAAUAAGCCGAGAGCUGUAGUGGAAUUUCUUACUAGUGACAUGGACAGUUUCUACUUGUUUCCUUCUAGAUAGGGACUUUUCCAGAGUCUACUAUUUCUCAAGUUAAUUAAGUUCUUACAUUUAAAUGUGUUAUUUUCCUGAGAUUAUUUGUGGGUGAUUUUUUUUUUUUUUCUCAGCAUAAAAUAUUCAUGAACUCAAAGGCAGGACUUUAGGUAUAACUCUCUUCAGAGGCACAUAGAAUCAGAAUGUUUCAGACUUGGUUCUGUGCCAGUGCUAUGAUCUGGUAAGUGAACUAAUAGUCGUAAUUUCAGUUCUCUGAUUUAUUCUUAAUACUUAUGUUUGGUUAUUCGUCUCUGAGUGAUUAUAAGAUUGUCGAUAAAGUGGUGCUGCUCUGCUUUGAUUGUGUGAAAGGAAGGCCUGAGUAGACCCAAGUCUCUCCAUCCCUCGGAUCUCCAUUGCACCUUUGAAGAGCUGACAGGCAAGCAGAGUCAGGUCUUGCUGUCUUUGGGCACACACAGCCUGGCUUUUCAGGACUGCAAUUGCCAUCAUGUAAGUUGUUUUCUCAUAUAAAGCAUAUUGAAAACUCUUCCUGGACUUUGUGUGACACAUAACUUGUCAUAAGUUUUGGUCUACAGAAAGACUGACCAACUCCACUGUCUUAAAGCCUGAAAGGGGACUCUGAAGGCAUUUUGAGAUUUUUAUCAAAUGCCACGAAGGUGCAAGUGUCUUCAUAAUAACAGCAUAUUCAGAUAAAUGCAAAUUGCCAGGCACACAGUAAAGAAUUUUUUGAGUGGAAUUAAUUACCUAGUAGUCAAGAACUAAUAAGUACAUGUUUGGGUCAAAUUGAAUUUGUCCAUUUUGUUGCUGCCAUAAUUUGUUUGGUUCACAAUAUAGAUUGUGCAUUUGAUUAGGAAUGGAAGCUCAUGCUUGAGAAUUUGAAUAGGGUGGGUAUAUAUAUUUUAUAAAUACAAAUUUCAAAAAUAUGUAACUACUUUUUAAAUAGAAUGUAAAUGUUAAGACAGACAAAUUUGUUAUAUAUUUUUCAAUACAUGUACCAACCUUUUGUUAGUUGAACAUAGGUUACUUUGUGUGCUUUAUGGAACUGAGUAACUUUUAAUAAUAAAGCAGUUGUCAUUUGCUCUCCCCA